AUGGGAAAAGAUUAUUAUCAAAUUCUUCAAAUAACUCGAAUUGCUAAAGAUAGUGAAAUUAAAUCAGCUUACCGUCGAUUAGCACUUAAAAUUCAUCCACUUAAAAAUAUUGAUGAUCAUAAUGCAGUUUAUAAAUUUAAUGAUCUUGCUGAAGCAUAUGAUGUAUUAAGUGAUCAUAAAAGACGAGCUAUUUAUGAUCAAUAUGGUAGUGAAGGUUUAAAAAAUGGUGUACCAAUAGGACCAGAUCAUGAAUGGAGUGAAGGUUAUGUAUUUCAUGGAAAUGCUGAAAAAAUAUUUCGAGAUUUUUUUGGUGAAUUUUAUACAAAUGCUGAACAAGAUCGAACGUUAAGUUUUGGUGGAAUAGAUGGUCGUGGUCGAAUAAAAAAAGAUUCACCAAUAAUACGUGAUCUUUUACUUUCACUUGAAGAUUGUUAUCAUGGUGCAAUAAAAAAAAUUAAAAUAAGUCGAAGAGCAUUAAAUGAUGAUGGUAUAACAUCAAGUAUUCGUGAAAAAAUUCUUUCAAUUACUGUUAAACGUGGUUGGUUACCAGGUACAAAAAUAAUGUUUGAAGGUGAAGGUGAUCAAGGUCCAAAUAAUAUUCCGUCAGAUCUUAUUUUUACUGUCAAAGAUAAACCACAUCUGACUUUUCAUCGUGAAAAUACAGAUCUUAUUUAUACAGCUAAAAUUAGUUUAGGACAUGCAUUAAUUGGUAUUACAUUACAUAUUGAACAUCUUGAUGGACGAUUACUUGAUAUACCAAUUAAUGAAAUUGUUAGGCCUGGAUAUAAAAAACGUAUACCAGAUCAUGGUAUGCCAUUAAUGACAGAUUCAGAUAAAUAUGGAGAUUUAAUUAUUGAAUUUGAUGUUAUUUAUCCCUAUGGACUAAAUCCUGAUCAAAAAUUAUAUAUUAAGGAGGCAUUAAUAAAUAAUCAAAAUAAUAAAAAACAUCAACAACAUGGUCAUAAUAAAAAAAAACAUAUAAUACAUGGAGAAUAA